AUUAUUGAGCAUCUUACAUUGCUAAAAUGUCUCACUAACUAUCAAUGCCACAAAAAUUGAAAACAUAAAGGAUUCAUUCAUUAUUAUAACCAAAUAGUAACUUCUUUAUCAAAUUGCUCUACUCUACUACCACAAGAAAGUGAGUGAUGACAUCAGUAAAAGCUGCAUCCAACGAAGCUAUGGCAACGGUGGCCCGCAAGGCACCUAUAACUAUUCAGAGGAAAGUUCCAGAUGACUUGGAUACCAAGCUUCCCAAAGCUUAUAUGCCAAGAGCCUUGGUUGCCCCUGAUGCAGAGAAUGUGAAUGGCACAUGGGGCCACAGGCAUAAUGACAUGUCUGUGCUUCAACAACAUGCAGCCUUCUUCGACAUUGACAAUGAUGGUAUUAUCUACCCAUGGGAGACAUUCAAAGGAUUCCGCGCACUUGGUUUCAAUGUUGUUUCUUCCUUCAUAUUUGCAAUUAUUCUUCAUGCAGCUAUGAGUUAUUCAACUCUUCCUACAUGGCUACCUUCACCUCUAUUACCAAUCUACAUACAAAAUAUACAUAGAGCAAAACAUGGAAGUGAUUCGGGUAGCUAUGACACAGAGGGAAGGUUCAUUCCGGCAAAUUUGGAACUAAUGUUCAGUAAGUAUGCUCGUGAAGUGCCUGAUAAAUUAACAAUGUGGGAGCUAUGGCACAUGACUCAAGCAAACAGUGUUGCAUAUGACUUCUUCGGCUGGGCUGCCAGCAAACUUGAAUGGGGGGCUUUGUAUAUUCUAGCAAAAGAUGAACAAGGUUUUCUGUCAAAAGAAGCUGUGAGACGUUGUUUUGAUGGAAGCCUAUUUGAGUACUGUGCUAAAAUGCGUAAUGGUCCAGUUGAAAAGAUGGCUUGACAACUUCUUAAGUAAUAUUCAGUGUACAUUAUUGCACUUCAAUGCUUUUCUUCUACCUUUGCUAAGUUGAAGAAGCAUUAUGUUUACUCAACCUAUUGCAAACUAAUUUGGAAUAACACGAUAUGAUUAUUUUCUUCUUUAUA